AUGGCGACGAGAAACUUCACCCGCAUCCCCAUCAUCACAAACAAGAACUACAAGGCCAACGGCUUGAAGUCGUACGCCUACGCCCUGCACAAGUACGGCAUCGGUCCCACCAGAGAGGGCCCGUACCUCGUUACCAACAGGAUCCACCAGCAGGGCAAGUUCGGCCCAGGCAAGGCGCUUGGCGGACAUGCGCGUGUGCAGAAGCACGUUCUGCAGAAGAGGGUCGCCGUCGCCGCCGACUCGGGCAGCACCGAAACGGGUGACGUGCCGGCCGAGGACAUCCAGAACGACUCUCUCUACCUGUGUGAGGUGGGCAUCGGCACACCAGCCCAGAAGCUGCGCCUCGACUUUGACACCGGCUCGGCCGACCUGUGGGUGUGGUCGACGAGCUUGCCGUCGAACGUGCAGUCGCAGGGCAAGUCAUCCAACCACGCCAUCUUCGACCCGUCCAAGUCGAGCACCUUCAAGAAGUCCGACGGCAGCACCUGGCAGAUUCAGUACGGUGACCAGUCGUCGGCCUCGGGCGAUGUCGGCACUGACACCAUUGACCUGGGCGGGCUGAAGGUGGAGAACCAGGCCAUCGAGCUGGCCAGCAAGCUAUCGGACCAGUUCGUUCAGGGCGAGGGCGAUGGCCUGCUCGGCCUGGCCUGGGGUAGCAUCAACACGGUGAAGCCUGAGGCUGUCAAUACGCCCGUCGAGAACAUGAUCGCACAGGAGGACAUCCCCAAGGACGCCGAGCUCUUUACCGCCUACCUGGGCAGCACCAAGGAUACCAGCGAGGCCGACAAGGGCGAGUCCUUCUACACAUUCGGCUACAUCGACCAGGACGUGCUCAAGGCCGCCGGCGUCGACACCCCAUUCUACGUCGACAUCGACAACUCCCAGGGAUUCUGGCAGUUCACCAGCACCUCCGCCUCGGUCAACGGCCAGACCAUCCAGCGCUCCGGAAACACGGCCAUCGCUGACACGGGCACCACGCUCGCCCUCGUCGCCGAUGACGUCGUUGACGCCAUCUACAAGGCCAUCCCCGGUGCCAAGUACGACAGCCAGAACCAGGGCUACGUCUUCCCCAGCUCUGUCACCGCUGAUCAGCUUCCCGAAGUCUCCUUUGCCGUCGGCGAAAAGCUGUUUGUCGUCCAGAAGGAGGAUCUGGCCUUUGCCGACGCCGGAAACGGCUUCGUUUACGGAGGCAUUCAGAGCAGAGGCGAUAUGACAUUCGAUAUCCUUGGUGACACCUUCUUGAAGGGCAUAUAUGCUAUCUUCGACCAGGGCAACAAGCGAUUCGGCGCCGUGCAGCGCAAGGAGAAGGAGCAGAAUGUCUCCGUUCCUUCGGGCUCCUCGUAA